AAGAAGUGCAGAGGGAAGCAGCAGGCUCUCUGUGAGCUCCCAGCUCCAGGUCACCCCCAUGGAUUCCUGCAGGAUCCCUGCAAACGCCUCCAAGUGCAGCGGGAACACCAUGGAGUGCUUCAUGGUGCUCAGCACGCAGGCACAGAAGAUAAGCAUUGGCAUCCUGUGUGGCCUCUUUGGGACAAUGUGUGUUUUUGAGAACUCUCUGGUGCUCUACCUGAUUUUCUCAUCCCCUGGGAUCAGGAAGAAGCCUUCCUACCUCUUCAUCGGCAGCCUGGCCCUGGCUGACAUCUUGGCCAGCAUCAUCUUUGUCUGCAGCUUCGUGAACUUCCACGUGUUCAACGAGGCUGGUUUCUCCAAGGAGGUGUUCCUGCUGCAGCUGGGAGGGGUGAACACGUCCUUCUCAGCCUCCCUCAGCAGCCUGCUGCUCACUGCCCUGGACCGCUACCUCUCCAUCAGCCGGCCCUCGCAGUACAAGCUCCUGAUGACCAGGAAAAGGGCCUGGACAGCCCUGGCAGUGCUCUGGGUGACCUGUGCCACCAUUGCUGGCCUGCCCCUGCUGGGCUGGAACUGCUGCACGCUGGAUUCCUCCUGCUCCGAGCUGUUCCCCUUUGUGGAUGACAAUUACCUGUCGGGCUGGCUCUGCUGGGUCGUGGUGCUGCUGGGCUGCAUCGUCUGCGCCUACGCCCACGUGCUCUGGAGGGCUCGGCAGCACGUGGCCUACAUGGAGCAGCACCAGGCACAGGCAGGGAAGCAGAACAGCAGGAUGAGGAUGGACGUGAUGCUGGCCAAGACCCUGGUGAUGGUGCUGGCUGUCCUCAUGCUCUGCUGGUCCCCCGUGCUCGUGCUGAUGAUCUACAGCAUCUUCGGCAGGCUGAGCGACCGCCUGCGCAAGGUGUUCGCCUUCUGCAGCACCCUCUGCCUGCUCAACUCCAUGGUCAACCCCAUCAUUUACGCCCUGAGGAGCAAGGAGCUCUUCUCCUCCCUGAGGAGGGUGCUGUCCCACUUCAGGAGGCAGCUGAAGGCCCCUGAGGAGAGCCCAGAAGCAGAGAGCAGCCACAAGUCCUCCGUGAUAGAGACCGUCUGCGAGGACACGCGCGCCGUGUAGGGAGGCACCGGGGGAGAUCCACCCACUCAGCCUGCAAGGAGCAGUCUGGAUCACUUUUCUUUUUAUUUUCUCUUCUGAUGGGAGUUGAGGGGUCAGCUGUGAUGGGGAGACAGCUCCUGCUGAUGUCACCCUUCAAUGCUGGGACAUGACGUGCACAGACUUUGCUCUCAGGCACCCGUUGGGAUUGUUGGGGUGUCCUGUGCAGGGCCAGGACUGGAUGGUCCUUGGGGUGUCCCUUCCAGCUCGGGAUAUUCCAUGAUUCUGUGAUAAUCUCCCACCAGGGGAGGUUCAGAUUGAGCAUC